AUGACAUAUAGAUGCAUCAACAGUGAACUAGGCUCCAUCCCUCAGGGAAUUCACCCGGAUACAAGGAAACUUGACCUCUCAAACAACAGGAUUGAAAUUCUACACGAAGAUAGUUUUCUCGGCUUCCGUCAGUUACAAACCUUGAAUCUGGAUGACAAUCGGAUCUACAAAAUUACUGAUCGGGCUUUUGAAGCGCUAGCUUUGACGCUGGAAUACUUGUCGCUUAGAAGGAAUAGACUUUCAUUCCGUGUGUCAUCAAAUUUUCCUGUCUCUGCUUUGUCCAAGCUAAAGAAACUUCGAGGUCUGGAUCUGUCAGGAAACCCAUUGGGCAGAAUAGCCACUGAAUGGUUAAGUCCACUUGGAGAGACACUACGGAUACUCCAUAUCUCUGAUUUGAAUGGUCCAGUGGAAAUUCAGAGCAAUGCUUUUGCCGGUCUUGGCUUGCUUGAAGAUUUUGAUCUUUCGAACAACGAAUUUUCGGCAUUUCCGGAAAACGCCUUUGAAGGAAUUCGUCCAGAAAAGCUUACUGCUAUCAACCUUACUCACAUCUCUUGGGUCUGUGAUUGUCGACUGCUAUGGCUGCGACAUUGGCUAGCACAAGUUCACCGACAACCUUAUGUAAAAGAAAAGAAAAUCACAAGUCCUUGCAAGUACCCAAAGGAAUUUAGCAAACUGACACUGUUAGACCUUCCAGUGACAACCUUUCAAUGUGUUCCGAAGCUACAGGCUAUAAAUGCGACGGCAGCCAACAUUUAUGAGCAGAGCAAAACAUUUUUGCAUGUCUCCUCAGCUGCCGGGGAGACCAUUCAACUACGCUGCACCUUUCUUAGUCAGCCCAAAAUGCUGGUUAGUUGGUACAAGAAUGGUGUACUACUGAGACCUGAACUGAAACGUAUCCGUCAAGAAACAUCGAAGGGUACACGGUUCACAACCACUCUUACGAUUUUCGACCUACAAUAUGACGAGGACUCUGGCAAUUACACCUGUACAACCGCUAAUAGUCGUGGUUCCGCAAGGGCAGCCUUUCAGCUCUGGGUCAGCAGUCGUCAUAGGGAAGCCAAAUUUCUUCUAGACGAGGCUGAGCGUCCCGACGAUGACCUAAAAAUCGGCAAAGUAACGGUUAGUAACGUUGAAAGUCAAGAGCAUAAUGGACAACAAUCCUGGAUUUUGCCACUUGCAACCAUUUUCAUCGGGCUGUGCGUUUUUUGUGGAGCAGCGCUCCUAAUGGUUGCUCUUUACUACAAACACAAGUCCCGAUGCAUCAGUAUGGCCAUGCACGCUCCUCUUCGCGAGGCCAAUACGCGCCUAGAAAGUGUUGAACGUCCGUUAACUCCACAGGAACCUGAAAAAUCCUCCAUCAGGAAGUCAGCUGUUUCACAAAAGGAGAAUUUGACGAUUACCUCUUUCAGUUUCGUGAAUGGGUGUGCACUGGCCUCAGAAUCUCAGUCAGUUACAGUGAUGUCUGCACCACCCAGACAAACAUGUGCUUACAUGCCUGAGCUCAGCAGGAAAAUAUCUCCACAUUCGACUGUAUUGUCUAGUUCUCUGUUGACUUCUAAAGUUGGCCCGCGGCCACAGAGUUCCCCGCGUCCUCCUAACAGACAGGCAAAUUACAGUUCAGCCCAUUACGUAAAGGAUACUUCCCAAGUUGCUAAUAUGCCUUCUUCGGAACUGACGGGCUCCGAGAAGCCCUUUCUCUCCCUCCCAGUCACCUCCCACAUACCCUCCCUGGAGCGCAGUGCUGAGCAGGAAAAGCCGGAAGAGGAUGAUCGCCCAGUUGUACGAACAUUUGCUCCAUUUGUGUCUUACGAUAAUGCUAAAAACGAGGACUCUGAUUCCCCGAGUGAGCGCCAAUACUACAAGGACUCAUAUACUGGCGCCAACGCUGACGCUGGCAGCGGAAGCAGUGUCAGCACCGAUGAGGCCUGCCCGGUGCAUGGAAGCAGGAAACACAGCAUGGAGCAAGGUGGCGUGGUGAAGGAGCACUUUCAGUCAAACUGGUGCCCUGUUCAUUCUUCAGUAGAUGGGCUCAAAGAAUCCCUUAAGAGGACCUGGAGCACAGCGUCCAAACAGGAUUCACUGGCCGUGAGUAGCCCGUAUGGUGGGAGGCAGUAUUGGCCGAAUGGGCUUUCCAGCAGCACAGAAGAGAUUGCAAGACAGAAGUUGAGAAUGGACAGUGACUUUGAGGCUGCCCUUCCAAUGUACCGAUGGAGCACACUUCAGUACUCUGCCAGGCGACGACAGCUACUCAGUGGUAAUAAACCAGACGGACAAAAAGUCUAUUUUAAGGCUAGCUCGUGA